UAGCGGAAGAUGCGCGCUAUUAAAAAUAAAGCUUGGGCGGUGGUCACCAAGCACAAAACAACAGGUGUUGGUAAUCUGAAAAAAUGAUUUCACUUGCUCUGAAGUGGUCCAUCUGGGCAAUUGUCUUCACUUAUGCGGCAGCUCAAUACAGUUCACAAGAAGAAGAAGGUUUGGUCAAGUGGUGCACCGUGGGACAAGCAGAGCAGUACAAAUGCCUUAAUUUCUCCAAAGCUGUUGAAAGAGACAUGACUGCAAAAAAAUUUAGAAAUGAUGGACUUCACGUAGAAUGUGUUCGGGCCUUUAACAAGGACGAAUGCAUGGGUCUGUUGGAUGAAGGCAAAGUCCACCUGACAAGUUUAGAUGCUGGCGAAGUAUUCAUUGGCGGGCGAUACCACAGUUUGAUUCCCAUCAUGCAAGAGCGUCUAGAAAAUGACGCAUUGAAUUACUACGCUGUGGCUGCUAUAAAAAGAGGGUCGCUUCCUGAGGUGCGCUCUCUGCGAGACCUGCGUAACAAGAAGGCAUGUUUUGCUGGAGUUGGUACACAGGCUGGAUGGGUCAUCCCAAUCGACAAUAUGAUGAAACGUGGGGGUUUGGAAGUGGUUGACUGCAACAACCACGUGAAAUCUGCCAUAGCAUACUUUGGGCCCAGUUGUGCUGUCAACUCUUUGACCGAUAAAUACAACCCGAUCGGCGACAAUUCUGAUAAACUGUGCCAACUUUGUAUUGGAGAAGUGCCAGGCGGAAGAUGCACAAGUGCUGAUCCAUAUGCCGGCUUCGAAGGCGCUUUCCGUUGCUUGGUCGAGGCAGGAGAUAUUGCUUUUCUAAAGCACACUACAAUCCAGGAAAUGAUUACUGGCAACACCCUUUCUUCCACUCGAAAGGACCAAUUUGAGUUGCUGUGUCUUGAUGGAAAGAGAGCUUCGGUUGAUGAAUAUCAAAACUGCAACUGGGGCCAGGUCCCGGCUCAUGCAAUUGUUACUUCGUCUGGACAAUCAUUUGACAGGAGGAAAACCUUCCAGAAAUUUUUAAAGAAAGCAGUUGAGUUGUAUGGAGGCAGUGCUCCAUUAAAUCCUUCUUCAUACAACCAAUCAAGAAGUGACUACACAACGGAGAGGCAGCAGUAUGACCGCUUUGGAAAUCCCAUCAGAGAUCAGGACUUGUUCAAUCGGAACUCAAAUAACCAAGACCUUUUCAACAACGAAGAUCGGCAGUUUGGUCGCUCUGGCCGGCCAAACUCCAGAAGCAAGAGACAAUUUGGAAAUAGCCGUUUUGAUCGACCUUCCUAUGAACAAAAUGUUACUGAGGGUAAUUUAAACCGGGAUGAUGAUUUCAGACUGUUUGUUUCCUCGCCUAAGUAUGGGAACCAACACAACCUCCUACUGCAGGAUACUGCGCGAGACUUGAUGGCGAUAGAAGAGCAAAAGCAAACCUUCUCAGGCUAUCUAGGCAAAGCUCUUGAACCAAUUUUGUCGGUCCGCAAGUGUCCAGUCUCCAGAAUGACUCUCUGCGUAACCUCUGAACCAGAAAUGGAGAAAUGCGUCAGAAUGAGGACCGCUCUGAAAGCUCAACUGCUGAAACCAGACAUGUCAUGCUACAAGGCCCACAGUCACGUUCAUUGCUUGCAAGCCAUCAAGACGGGAGAUGCCGAUGUAGCAGUUCUUGACGCCAGCGAUGUUUACACAGGAGGCCUCAGUUACGACCACAUCCCUAUUAUAGCUGAGGUUUAUAAUCUUGGAAAACCUGAGUACUAUGUAGUAGCAGUCGCCAGAGAAAAUGACCACACCACUGAACUGACAUACCUCAGAGGAAAGUACACCUGCCACUCUGGAAUUAACACUGCUUCUGGAUGGGUAAUACCAUUGGCAUAUCUCAUUUCCAACGGCUGGAUCAGGAGCUACGGCUGCGAUAGCAUUAGAGCUGCAGCCGAGUAUUUCACCAAAUCAUGCGUGCCUGGCGCCCUGAGUGCAGAGUACAACAGAGGAGUUCCAUACGACAAUCUUUGCGAUCUGUGCCAUGGAUCAAGUUUCCGAUACUGCCGACGAGACGCCUCUGAGGACUUCUAUGGCCACACUGGAGCAUUCCGCUGUCUGGUUGAAGGUGGAGGUGAUGUUGCUUUUGUAAAACACACAACUGUCAUGGAAAAUACUGAUGGCAAGCGGAGGGAAUGGUGGGCCAGAAAUACUCUUACUGAUGAUUACGAGCUACUCUGCCCAGACGGAACCAGGGCUUCUCUGAAAGACUACAAGUGGUGCAGCCUGGGCAAGGCCAAAGCCAACGCAAUCAUCACUAGAGGAGGAUCGUAUUACAACGAAAGUGAAAUUGAGGCCUACACUAAUCUAUUUAUCUAUGCUCAACAAUUUUAUGGAAGAAAGUACCAGGACGAGUUCAGCUUCAGUAUGUUCUACUCUCCACCCCCAUAUUCCGAUCUGAUUUUCCAAGAUGCAACUCAGCAACUGUACAUUCUGCCUAAAGAAGAGCGGAAUUACAGGGCUUACCUCGGCAGGGACUUUAUGAGAGCCCGAGCCAUUGUUGACUGCCAAGCUGGAGCAGCUAGUUUAACGGAGUCUGUAGCUAUGAUCUUUAUGUCAAUAUUUGCUGUCUUGCUAGGCAGGAGGCAGUUUUUGCAUUGAACCAUUCAAGUUGUGCAUUAUUAUGAAUUACUUAUUAAUGCUGAUUAAAUACAUUUUAAGACAAAUCAAAUAAGCGAAACCGUCCGUGCUGCUGAGCACAAAAGGAAACGAUCCGUCCAUAUUGUAAAUGAAUUGUGAAAAUCUUAUAUUGAUAUGCUUGUUAGCAUGAGUGACAGUUAAAUCGAGAGUGAUGUUAUAUCUUUCCAAAAUGAAAGUCAUAUUUUGAAGGUGUAUUCCAUAAUGUUUUACUUUCUAUAAUUAUAACUGAAGUUGACGCAAAUGUAUGUUUUUUUUAUAAAUAUACUUUUGAAUUUACUUUUUAA